ACAUUAAUUAGUUCACUGUUGACAACCGCGGUGCGCGAGCGCAAGCACACCACUCCACGACCAUUCGCCGAGGCGGACGCAAUGGCGGCCAGUUAUUUACUCUUGCUGUGUGUAGUCUCAGCGUUUGCUGAGCCGACUCCAGGCAGAAUUCCAAAGGUGUACAACGCUCUCAUCACGUCGAACCAAAACUUAGAACCCAGUAAAGCUUAUCCAGUGUACCAACCAGUAUUGCGCAGUGCGGCCUUCCCUUUCCCUUUACAAUCAGUCUUCUACGGUGACUUACCAUUGACAAAUGGUUUUCUACCUCCAGCUGCCCUACCACCUUCAGCUUUCCCGAAGGAAUUAACACCAAACGCUGAACCAGUUCCUGCUGCAUCACCUUCAUCGGAGAAUCCUCAGGAAGCUCCUUCAACAGAAAGUCCACCGGCUUCGAGCAGCGCGGAGCCAAUUUCGCCCGAUUCAACAAACCAAGCCACAGAGUCUCCAUCUUCGCCACCAAAAACCGAAUCUCCCAUACCGCUUAACCAAUUCGGAUUACCACCACAAGUCAUCCCACUCGGAAACUUCGCAUCUGGCUAUGAAUUUACGCACAUCAAUACUUUUCCUUACCCGUAUCCUGGACUACGAUUCUACGACGCUUACGAUCCAUUCUUGUUCAAUCCUUACGCUAGCUUCCCAUUAUACCGGCCAUAUACGAAUUUUCUAGCUCCAUUACCAGCUGGCCCUGGUCCUAUCGCCCCGGAGAGUCCAAAGCCAGCGUCCUCUCCAGAAAGCUCAGAAGCAUCUUCUACUCCUCCACCAGAACCUAGUGAUCUUAACAUUCUAAACUACUCGUCUAAAGAUCCUGCUAUACCUAAUGUACCUCCUCCGCCUUUACCCAAGGGAGGUUUGAAAACUGACGACGUGUAAGGCUUCUGUGAAUAGAAUCUAAUUUAUGCUUUUGAUACUUAAUUAUUAUUAAAAUAUGUGAUAUAAAAAAAUCUCAUUAUAACGUAUAAUAAUACUCGUUUAUAUGUAUAAGGACGGAAGAAUUUGUAUUCUAAAACAAAGUUCCUCGUUGUGAUUAUAUUUUUUUGCUUUGUUUUAAUAGAUAUGUAAUUCAGGAAAACAUUAGAUACAAAGUAAACGUAUAAGUUUUUAUAGUGACUAGUAUUGAUGAUAAAAAUAUGUUAAAUAAAUUAUUUUGUAAA